AUGACGAAAAGAAACACCAAUUCCAUGCCUUUCUUCGUCUUGGUUUUUGUCAUCAUUGUUCCAGCCGUUUUGGCUGGAACAAUGAGACAAAGUUCAUGUAAUGACGCACAAUUAGACGGCUUCAUGCAAGAACGCGCUCACAACGCCACCAGGGCCGCCAUAAAAGCGUAUAAUCCUCACCCCGAAUCGGCCGUUAUCAGAUUCAGUAAAGAAGUUCAUGAGUCUUUGUUGGAGACGAAUUCAACGAGGAGGAACCUGGGGGGCCGUGGUGGUGGUGGUGGUCGUGGUCAUGCUCAUGGUCGUGGUCAUGGUCGUGGUGCAUGCAUGGCUACGAACCCGAUAGAUAGAUGUUGGAGGUGCAAUAGGAAUUGGGCGAAAGACCGGCAAGCAUUAGCCAAAUGUGCACGUGGGUUCGGUGAGCACACCAUUGGCGGCAUGCGUGGUCGAAUCUAUGUGGUAACCGAUAGCUCAGACCUUGAUGUUGUGACUCCAAAGAAAGGAACCCUUCGGUAUGCAGUCAUCCAAGACGAACCACUUUGGAUCAUCUUUGAGACGUCUAUGGUGAUCCAACUUAAGGAAGAACUUAUGAUUAACAACGAUAAGACCAUCGACGGUCGAGGGGCUAACGUCCAAAUCGCAUAUGGUGCCGGGCUCACAAUGCAGUUCGUUCAUAAUAUUAUCGUUCACGGGAUCCAUAUCCACCAUAUUGUGCCAAAAAAAGGAGGGAUGGUCCGAGAUUCAUUAGCCCAUUUCGGGUUAAGAACCGCCAGCGAUGGCGAUGGGAUCUCGAUCUUUGGUGCGAGCAAGGUGUGGGUCGAUCAUGUCUCGCUUGAUCAUUGUGCGGAUGGGCUAAUCGAUGCGAUCAUGGCUAGCACGGCUUUAACCAUCUCUAAUUGCAAAUUCAACUAUCAUAACGACGUGAUGUUGUUAGGGGCGAACGAUCAGUUCACCGGGGAUGAGAUUAUGCAAGUGACGGUGGCGUUUAACCGGUUUGGAAAAGGAUUGGUGCAGAGGAUGCCGAGAUGCCGAUGGGGAUUCUUUCACGUUGUUAACAACGACUACAACAAAUGGGAAAUGUACGCUAUCGGCGGAAGCAUGAACCCAACGAUCAUCAGCCAGGGCAACCGAUUUCGAGCCUCCGACAACGUCCACGCAAAAGAGGUGACACAUCGAGAUCACUUUCCGUUCAAAAUGUGGAAAAACUGGAGAUGGAGAACAGUGAAUGACCUUUUUCUUAACGGAGCGUUUUUCGUACCAUCUGGUGACCAUUCAGAAGUGGCUAAAGAGCUUAAAACCCAUAUGGUCCAAGCAAAGGACGGGUCCGCCGUGGGUCGACUCACUCGCUACGCGGGUAUGCUCUUAUGCAACCACGACAAACCGUGCUAG